AUGGCCGACUUCACCGAAUAUGGUACGCCCAGCGCUGAAUGGGUCGCCCUCGAGCCGACAUUGCCUGAGCUCCCCAAGAACCUCUCGGUGGAACAACUAAAGGCAUUGGUAAACAAAGGCCGCGAGGUAUCCGCCGCCGAAGAUAUGAUCGGCCUCAGCGCCGCAGUUCAGCUACAGGACCACACAAUAACAGCUCGUGACGGCACGCCCCUCGAAGCACGCACCUACCGCCCGGCCGGCAUCCCAAUAUCCGAGCGUCUGCCCGUUUACGUCCAUCUUCAUGGCGGAGGUUUUCUUUUCGGAACACUUUCUUCUGAAGACGCCACUUGCUCGCGGAUAGUCACCUCGCGAGUCCAGAAGGGUACCCCCGUCGUGGUCUUCAAUAUCAACUACCGACACACCCCCGAAUAUCCCUAUCCCACUGCUUGGAACGACGUCGAAGACGCAUUUGUCUGGCUACACGAGAACAUUGCCGAUAUUGGCGGGAUUAGCGAGCAGGUUGUCGUGGGUGGUAUUUCAGCUGGUGCAUGGUUGACUGCGUCGUUGGCGCUGGCUCAGCUGCGCGGCGAGGAUAAGCGCUUAGCGGCCUGUCCAAAGAUUGCGGGACAGGUCCUCAUGAUUCCUUGUGUUGUACAAUGGGACCACUAUGCGCCGAGACUGGAGAUGUUGAAGAGCCCUGAUUUGUCGAGCUAUGUGCAAUGUGCCGAUGCGCCUGUCUUGCCGGUGACUCGAAUGAAAUUGUUCACCGAGCUUCUUGGACUUGUUGACACCAAGGACGCUGCUGGAGAUCGUCGUAUGAGCCCUGGAAAUGCCACUGCGGAAGAGGUUAAGGAUUUGCCGCCUACUACGUUUGGAAUCGCGGGAAAUGACCCGUUGAGAGAUGAGGGUCUGUUUUAUGCACAGCAUCUCGCUGCGAAUGGUAUCCCUACCAAUGUUCAUGUCUUCCCUGGCGUUCCUCAUGGAUUCAGGAGGUACAAGACGCUCCCUGACAGCAAGAGGUGGGAUGAGGUGAUGAGUGACGGUAUUGCCUGGGCACUGACAAAUCCUUCCCCUGGCCCAUUUGAGAUUAAAUCCAAAUAG